AUGGUUUUAUCCGACAAAGAGUUAUUUGAAUUAAACAAAAGGGCUGUCACUGAAGGUUUCAAGGUUAAACCAAGACUGAAUUAUAAUACUGUUAGUGGUGUCAAUGGUCCUUUAGUUAUCUUGGAAAAAGUCAAGUUUCCAAGAUAUAAUGAAAUUGUUAAUUUAACUUUACCAGAUGGUACUGUUAGACAAGGUCAAGUUUUAGAAGUUAGAGGUGACAGAGCUAUUGUUCAAGUUUUCGAAGGUACUUCCGGUAUUGAUGUUAAGAAGACUACUGUUGAAUUCACUGGUGAGAAUUUAAAGAUUCCAGUUUCUGAAGAUGCCUUAGGUAGAAUUUUUAACGGUUCUGGUAAAGCAAUUGAUAAUGGUCCAAAAGUUUUCGCUGAAGACUAUUUAGAUAUCAAUGGUUCUCCAAUUAAUCCAUAUGCUCGUAUCUAUCCUGAAGAGAUGAUCUCCACUGGUGUUUCCACCAUUGAUACCAUGAAUUCUAUUGCUCGUGGUCAAAAAAUCCCUAUUUUUUCUGCAUCGGGUUUACCACAUAAUGAAAUUGCUGCACAAAUUUGUAGACAAGCCGGUUUAGUUAGACCAACUAAGGAUGUCCAUGAUGGUCAUGAAGAAAAUUUCUCAAUUGUUUUCGCUGCUAUGGGUGUUAACUUGGAAACUGCUAGAUUUUUCAAGCAAGAUUUCGAGGAAAAUGGUUCGUUAGAGAGAACAUCUUUAUUCUUGAAUUUAGCUAACGAUCCUACUAUUGAAAGAAUUAUUACACCAAGAUUAGCCUUAACAACUGCCGAAUACUUGGCUUACCAAACCGAAAGACAUGUAUUAACAAUUUUAACCGAUAUGUCAUCAUAUGCUGAUGCUUUAAGAGAAGUUUCUGCUGCUAGAGAGGAAGUUCCAGGUAGAAGAGGUUACCCAGGUUACAUGUACACUGAUUUAUCCACCAUUUAUGAAAGAGCUGGUAGAGUUGAAGGUCGUAACGGCUCUAUUACGCAAAUCCCAAUUCUAACCAUGCCAAAUGAUGAUAUCACACAUCCAAUUCCAGAUUUGACCGGGUAUAUUACUGAAGGUCAAAUUUUUGUUGACAGACAAUUAUACAAUAAGGGUAUUUAUCCACCAAUCAAUGUUUUGCCAUCACUAAGUAGAUUAAUGAAGAGUGCCAUUGGUGAAGGUAUGACUAGAAAGGAUCAUGGUGAUGUUUCCAAUCAAUUAUAUGCUAAAUAUGCUAUUGGUAGAGAUGCCGCUGCUAUGAAGGCAGUUGUCGGUGAAGAGGCAUUAUCGAUGGAAGAUAAGUUAUCAUUAGAGUUUUUGGAAAAAUUCGAAAAGACUUUUGUUUCCCAAGGUUCAUAUGAAAAUAGAACCAUUUUUGAAAGUUUGGAUCAAGCAUGGAGUUUAUUGAGAAUAUAUCCAAAGGAAAUGCUAAACAGAAUUUCACCAAAGAUUUUAGAUGAAUUUUAUGAUAGAUCAAGAGAUGAAGAAGAAGAAAAAGAGGAAGCCCAAGACCCAGAUGUUCGUCCAACCCAAACCGAAGAAUCUUUAAUUUAG